AUGAGUGGUGGGUUGGCGCCGAGUAAAAGCACGGUAUACUUGGGGAAUUUGCCUUACAAUUUGACCAACUCGGAUGUUCAUCAGUUGGCCGAAAAAAAUGGACAGGUUUCCAGAGUGAGCAUCUUGAAGGACGAGAAACGCAGGAGUAAGGGAGUGGCGUUUAUUUUAUUUGUGAAAAUCGCAGACGCGGAAAGGUUUGUUGCGGAAUUUGACAAGAAACAGGUCUUCGGUCGCACGUUAAAGUGUAAAAUUGCGCAAGAUAAUGGACGGGCGAGGGAAUUUCUUCGCCACCGCGAAUAUCCGGACAAAUCGCGGUGUUACGAAUGCGGAGAAUUCGGGCAUCUGAGUUUCAAGUGUCCCAAAAACACGUUCGGAAAUCGAGCUGUGGAGAAGCCUGUUUCGAGGAAGGUCAAACGACGGAGAAAGGAGGAAGAAUUGCAAAAACGUCGGGAAGAUGAAGACAAUACUUACUUGGAAGAAAACAUUGAUUCAUUGAGCGCUGCCAUUGCGUUCCAGAGGCAGAAAGAGGAGGAAGGGGCUGAAACGGGCGAUGGGUCUCUUACUUCAUCUGUUACGAGAAAACGCAUGAAAUGCGGUGGAUACUUCAGUGACGAAGAUGAAGAAAUCACAUGA